AGCUGCUCAAGUUUUCAGUGCCAUGGGGGUGACCACCUCCAAAGCGCGGCCCUUGCGCCACCAAGCGGGGGAGGAAGACUACGUGCCUUCAGAGCAGUUCCACCAGGUGGAGUUCGAGCCUGAGUCCUUUGCGCAUGGCAGCGUCCGCGAGGCGUUCAAGGGGCGCAUUUUCUCCAAAGAGUUCGAGGAAAGGCAGAUUGUCGUACCCGAGCCGGGCGGAGGAUGGACGGCCGUGACAUACCAGGGCAGAAAGACGUACCCUUGCGUCGCCAAGAUUUUCCGAGAAGGAGAGCACGCAGAAGAUGCCAGGAAGUGGGAUCAGGACCUUCUGCUUCAGAGCAAGUGCGAGCAACUGGCAGAGACUUUUAACCAGAAGUUCAAGCCAAGCCGCCGCAUCAAGUUCGCCAAGGCCUUGCUGUUUGAGGUUACCCACCGCGGGUCUACCAGCCAGGUGUGUUCUCGCAGUUGGGCUACUGGUACUAUCGCAGGGGUGGCCGUGCGUGGGGCAUUUGCCCUCGCAGCGCCGGAGCUGGCGGCGGUGGCCUGGGUUGCCUCUGGGGCACUGGGGCUGAUCGGCUUCGGUCUGGGCUCCAAGGAGCAGCCAGCCAAAGUCAAGGAAGGCGAGAAGAUCUUGGUGGAGCCUUAUUUGAAUGGCUUCUUCGUGAAAGUGAACAGCAAUUCCGGGAAGUGGAAGGAUUCUGCGGAUGCUCGGGCGGCACAAGCCUUCUCGCACUGGACCUGGGCACACACAGAGGGAAAGCUCUUGGUAUGCGACCUGCAGGGUGUGCUUCAAGAGGACGGCACUUGGCUCCUCACCGACCCUGCAGCACACUCCAGACACGGAGGUAAGGGCCCGACCGACCUGGGAUGUGUAGGGGUGCACGCAUUCUUCCACCACCACAAAUGCAACGACCUCUGCAAAGGCUUAGCCAAGCCUGAUCUACCAAGCUCGCCGCCCAUCAUACCAUCCGUUAGCAGCACAACAUUCUCAUGGCAAAUGGCCGAUGCUUCUCUUUGUGCUCACAAGCAGGAGGGAGGCACGUGCUAUGCCCAUGCCGCUGCCACGGUGGUCAGAGCAGCAGUGGGGCGCAUCAUUGGGCGCACUCCUGAGCACUUUGAUCGUAUGGUGGGCCGCAUCAUCAAGAAGUACGGCAGCGACGGCGGCUGUACGGCUGCAGUGCUGGCAGACGAAUGCCGCGGCUUGAAUCUGAGGCACGAGUUUGUGACUUGCGAGGGCGCAGAGAAGGCGCUGGAGAUGGGGCAUCCGAUUCUGGCAUGCUUUUGGCUCACCAAGAAGAUGUGGAAGGCCUUCUCCAAAUUCUUCCAGGACAGCCCCUUCGGCGUCUUGAUGGCCCUGCCGGCGCCUGGCAAAGAUGUCACCGACGGGCACGCUGUGGUGCUGAUGGGGCAAAAGAAGGACGCUUUCUUCUUGAAGAACUCUUGGGGCCCGGACUUUGCAUCGGAUGGCUUCUUCCGGGUCAGCAAAGGUCUUUUUGACCAACUUGAGACCACGAAGUACCAGCACGUGUACUUCCUGGAGAGCGACUUGACGGCCCAAGACCGAAAAGCCUAUCGCCGAUUUCAGGCACAUGAGCGGCACACUUGAGCAGCUCUAGACACCCCCCGUUACAUG